ACCUGAUUGCAAGAAAGAGAUAGAAUCUACGGUUGAUGCUACGCCUGGAAGUCAGAAUAUCAACGAUUUGAUGGAUAUAUCCCCGACAUUAUUUAAUGAACCCCUCUUCUAUUCGAGUCCGCCUAAAAAGCGUGUUGCUGAAUCUGCCAGCAAAUCAUCCAGCAAGAAAGUGAAGCAGGCUUCAAAGCAAGAUUCUCCCACGUUACAAAGACUAAUCAAAGAAUUGACAACUCCUACCCAGAAAAUCGCAUCUAUAUCUAGUAAUACGAUCAUUUUACAGUCGAACGUUUCUGAAAUUGACAAAGAUUCAGUUAAUUUUCGUGAGUUAUAUGAUAAGAUUACCAAUGCCGAAGACAAUAAUCAGAAAAUUACCCAAGAUCUGAUUUUUUGCUAUCAUGACUUUGGGAAAGGGAGCAAUUUCCCAAUCAAGAUAAAAUUACAGAAACUAAUCUUAGAAAAAGAAAGAAAAGGGGUAAAAAGAUUUUCAGAUUUUUUAAUGGCAUCGGCGGUAAAGAAUUAA